AUGAACCCUUUGACCAACGAGACUGUUGUAUUCAACUUUGAAGUGCAGUGGCCAGUCGACCCGAAUGUCCCUGAGUCAGAAAUGCUCUAUCGUGUCACCUUAUUCGGGGCUUUUGCAAAUGGAACAGCCUACAGCUAUGCCAUUGAGUCUGACCAUGUCAAGAUAACGGAACGGGAGGACAAGAGUAUGCGUGCAGACUUUUAUGGAUAUGAAGGCAGCGAGUUCAGUUGGUCAGGGUCGAGCCUCUUGAAGCCAAGACCCGUUUACAUAGCGACGGUCAAUUCGCCCGAACUGGGGAUCAAAGGAACUAUAACCCUUCAUGGAAACACUGUCGCACCUCAUUAUUCCUGCGGCACGGAUGCUGCAGGCGUCGAGGAGCAGAUCAUUACCGGAGUAGGUUGGGCAAACGCAGUACCUGACGCCAAUGCCACGGUUUCCCUCCAAAUCAAUGAGACUUCUAUGUCAUUCGAAGGCUAUGGCUAUCAUGAUAAGACGUGGGUUGACCGCCCCUUUGAGGAGGCGCUCCAAUCCGCCUUUUGGGGCCAUGCUCGCCUCGGACCCUACGCUGUCGUGUGGUGGCAUUCACGUGCUCAGGAUGGCACAGAUGUUAGUGCAGAGUAUCUUGCUACGUGGGAAGAUGGACAUGUUAUCGCGUCUCGUUGCGUUAACAGUCCUAACAACACUCUGGGCUGGGGAGAGGGUCAGAUAUGGCCUCUUCUUCCGGGAACUCCAGCACCGGAUGGUAUGAUCCUGCAUUGGGACCUAGGAGACGCUGGUACUUUCGUGGCGAACUUGACUAGUCAUGAUAUAUUUGCGGACAUUCCUCAGUGGGUGGCUGGUCGAGGGUCUAUCACGGGGGGUUUUGAGGGUCAAGAAACUUACACUGAUGAGACUGGAGUGUGGACGCUCAACCAGCUCCAGCCGUUGUCAACAUAG